AUGUCGAAGAAACGUUGUAGAUAUAAAUCACAUUUUAUUUCUUUAGCUGUGUUUGUCUCCCCCUAUCUCUCCCUCUCUAUCUAUCUACCUAUCUAUUUCGAUCUCUUGGCUAUAUACAUACAGUCUUGCUUAUCUGUUUUUCUAUUUAAUUCUCUAUUCAUUUUUCUUUCUUUCUUUCUUUCUUUCUUUCUUUCUUUCUUUCUUUCUUUCUUUCUUUCUUUCUGCAGCAUACACGUUUCGGUAAUGCUGCGUACCGACCAACGUGCGUUUGGGGUGAGGAAGGAUGCGACAAAUCAGCAGAAUGGCGGUCUAUUAUAUUUCUUCCUUACAUUUGCAACUUCACCUAAAUCAUAUUUUUCUUUCUUUCUUUCUUUCUUUCUUUCUUUCUUUCUUUCUUAUACGCCUUCUCUUUAUCUCCGGUGUGUGUUUCUUUACGAUCUUCAACAUAUCCUCAGCAUGCUAUCUCUUUUUUUCUUUCUUUUAUUGCUCAUUUUUACAAUUCCCCUAAAUCAUCUUUUUCUUCUCUCUCUACACUUUCUCUCUCUCUCUCUCUCUCUCUCUCUCUUGCGUUUUUUGUUUCUUUCUAAUACAGCUCCUAUUCUUCUUCUAUGUUUUUUCUUUCUUUCUUUAACAUAUCCUCAGUAUCCUAAUUAUUUAUUCAUUUUUACUUUCUUUUAUUCUUUUCCUUUCUUUCUUUUUCCUUUCUUCAUUCCUUCUUUCCUUUCUUUCUUUCUUUCUUUCUUUUUUUUACUUCUUUCCUUUCUUUCUACUUUUUCCUCCUCUCUAUCUUUUUUUUCCUUUCUCCCUUCUUUCUUUCCUUUCUUUCUUUCUUUCUUUAUUUAUUUAUUUACCUCUUUCUUCCUUUCUUUUUUUCUACUUUUUCCUCCUUUCUUUCUUUCUUUUCCUUUUUCCUUCUUUCCUUUCUUACUUUCUUUCUUUUUUUACCUCUUGCUUCUUUCCUUUCUUUCUAGUUUUUUCCUCCUUUCUUUCUUUUUUCUUUCUUUCUUUUUCCUUUCUUCCAUCCUUCUUUCCUUUCUUUCUUUCUUUCCUUUUUACCUCUUUCUUCCUUUCUGCCUUUGUACUUUUUCCACCUUUCUUUCUUUCUUUCUUUCUUUCUUUUUCUUUCUUUCUUUCUUUCUUUUCCUUUCUUCCUUCCUUCUUUCCUUUUUUCUUUCUUUUUUACAUCUUUCUUCUUUACUUAGUAUUUUCCUCCUUUCUUUCUUUCGUUUUCCUUUUUUCCUUCCUUCUUUCCUUUCUUUCUUCCUUUUUUUUACCUCUUCCUUCCUUAAUUUCUUUCUACUUUUUUCCUAUUUUCUUUCUUUCUUUUUCCUUUGUUCCUUCCUUUUCUUUCUUUCUUUCUUUUUUACCUCUUUCUUCCUUCCUUUCUUUCUACUUUUUUCUCCUUUCUUUAUUUCUUUCUUUUUUCUUUCUUCCUUCCUUCUUUCAUUACUUUCUUUCAUUCAUUCUUUCUUUCUUUUACUUCUUUCUUCCUUCCUUUCUUUCUAUUUUUUCCUCCUCGCUUUCUUACUUUCUUUCUUUUUCCUUUCUUCCUUCCUUCUUUCCUUCUUUUUUUUUUACCUAUUUCUACUUUCCUUUCUGUUGAAACUUGGAUAA